AUGUCAACAUCGAUGCUUUCAGAAGUGGAGACUAUGGAUGAUACUCUUCCGUUCAUCCAAGACACCACAGGUUCAUCCGUACCAGACAACGAGAAACCAAAGAUACAAGCUCCUACGAUCGAAGAAGUAGACGAAGAUCCUGAGACUCUCAGGACAUUAAGAGGUCAUGGUCGUUAUUUUGGUAUAGACGAUGAAGCUAACGGGAUAAAGGAAGCAGAACCAAAAUGUAAUAAUUGCUCACAAAGAGGUCAUUUUAAGAGAGAUUGUCCUCAUGUUAUUUGUACGUAUUGUGGAUCUAUGGAUGAUCAUUAUUCACAACACUGUCCAAAGGCUAUUAAAUGUGCUAAUUGUAAUGAAAACGGACAUUAUAGAUCGCAAUGUCCUCAUAAGUGGAAGAAAGUUUAUUGUACUUUGUGUAAUAGUAAGAGGCACGCUAGAGAUAGAUGUCCAAAUAUAUGGAGAGUUUAUUUGUUAAGGGAUGAUUCAUCGCAGCAACAAGAUGAUAAUAAUGAAAAGAAACAAAAAUUACCAAUAGAGAGAAUAUAUUGUUAUAAUUGUGGUGUAAAUGGUCAUUUUGGUGAUGAUUGUCCAGAACGUAGGUCGUCAAGGGUACCUAAUGAAGAUGGUAGUGCAUUUUCUGGUGAGAAUUUGAAAGAAGAUAUGAAGAGAGAAUAUUUUGAUAAAUUAGAUAAAUAUCUCCAAAAAAGAAACAAUUCGUAUUAUGGUAAUGACUAUGAUUACAAUUAUGGUCAAAAUUAUACACAAAAUGAUAACCAGAAUUACAAUCAAAAUUAUAAUCAAGAUUUUGAUUAUAAUGAUUAUGAGUUCGAUGAUGCUCUUUAUGAUGAUGAUAAUAAUAAUAGAAAUAAUAAAUCGAAUUCAAAAAAGCGCAAGAGACACGAUAAUACGGGCGAUAGAAAUGAUAGUAAAAGAAGUAGACAUUCUCAAGGAAAUAAUAAUAAUAAUAAUAACGCUAAUCGAAGUAACAGAAGAGAUAGAAAUAAAAACCAGAACAAUGGAAUCGCACAAAGGAAUCAGCAACAACAUCCGUUAGCUUUCCCACGCAACAACCAGAAUAUAUCAAAUGUUAUGAAUGGUAUGGAAGGUUCGCGAUAUGGCUCUGCUCCCUCUAAUAAAAGAAAUAAUGGUCCUUCGGGAAAUUAUAAACAAUACAAUAGUUAUAAACCAUUCAGAAGUGGCACAUUAAAUAUAAGGAGAUAG